GAUGAUGAUCCGAGGAGGCCUGUGGAAGAACACUGAGGAUGAGAUCCUGAAGGUGGCAGUCAUGAAAUAUGGAAUCAACGAGUGGGAUCGCAUCUCAACGCUGUUGAAUAGCAAAUCCGCAAAGCAGUGUAAGGCUCGCUGGUUCCAGUGGCUCGAACCCUCAAUCAAGAAGGUCGAGUGGACUCGAGAAGAGGACGAGAAGCUUCUCCAUCUUGCAAAGCUCAUGCCUUCACAGUGGAGAACAAUAGCCAAAAACGUUAAUGGUCGUACUGCAUCUCAAUGCAUUGAGAGGUAUGAGAAGCUUCUCGAUGCAGCAUGUAAUGAUAACUAUGAAGAUCCGAGGAGAUUGAGGGCAGGAGAGAUUGAUCCCAACCCCGAGACCAGGCCGGCUCGCCCGGACCCUGUGGACAUGGAUGAGGAUGAGAAGGAGAUGCUUUCAGAGGCUCGAGCUCGGUUGGCUAACACCAAAGGGAAGAAGGCGAAGAGGAAGGCUAGAGAGGCGCAGCUCGAAGAGGCUAGAAGGAUUGCUUCUCUACAGAAGAGGAGAGAAUUAAAGGCUGCAGGGAUUGAUGAUAAGAGUACUUGGAAUCAGCAGAAGAGGAAAAGGAAUGGAAUAGACUACAAUGCAGAAAUUCCCUUUGAGAAGAAGCCUCCUUUGGGGUUUUAUAAUGUCGGUGAUGAGGACAGAGAAGUAGUAUUGGAGCAGCAUGAUCAGUUUCCCUUGACUAUUGAGGAGCUUGAAGGGAAGAGAAGGGUUGAUGUGGAAGCUGAGCUGAGAAAACAAGAUAUUGCAAAGAACAAAAUUUCCAACAAGUUGAAUAUUGAUGAUUUUUCCAAUGUGGAAACAGUUAGGAAGAGAUCAAAACUUAUGCUUCCUGCACCGCAGAUAUCUGACACUGAAUUGGAGGAGAUUGCUAAGAUGAGCAAUGCAGGUGAUCUUGUUGGUAGCGAGAAUGGAUUCACAGAUGCAAAUUAUUUCGGGGUUACUCAUGCAACUCGUAGAUUUGGCUUAACACCAUCAAAGGGUACUGUCAUUAGGGAUGAACUCCAUAUCAAUGAAGGCAUUGAUAAAGAUGAUGGAGUAAACUUGAAGCAAUUAAAGUGUUCUCAGCGGUUCAGAAUAAAUAACUUGCAUAAGGGUUUAAGCAAUUUGCCAAAACCCAAAAGUGAGUACCAAAUAGUUGUGCAACCAGUCCCAGAAGAUAAUGAAGAAGCGGGACAUCAGGCAUUAGUUACGAAGAAGAGAUCAAAAGUACUGAAUAUGAGAGCAGAUGAGGAUAAGCAUGGCGCGGUAGCUGUUCUUCCUAGUACAAUUGAGCAGGCUGACCAAAUAAUCAGAAAGGAGCUUCUUAGCUUAAAAGAGCAUGAUUGUGCAAAGUAUCCAAUUGAUGAGAAAGUGGUAACUACUUUUGAAGAAGAUGAACUGAGGGAGGCUGAUUCAAUGAUAGUUGAAGAAGCUCAGUAUCCUGGUGAAGCACAAAAAAGCUGCAGUCCUGGUUGUUGUCUAUCAAGCAUUGCUGAAGAUGGGAACCCUGUGGCUUGUUUGCGGAGUGAAUUUGAGAAGGUGCAGAAUGAAUUCGAGAAGGUGAAGAAGAAGGCACAAAUCAUUGAGAACAAGGUUAAAGUUCGUACAGAUGGUUAUGAGAAGCGAGCUAAAGAUGUUCUUUGGCCAAAAAUAGAGGAAACUUUCAAGCAAAUGGACACAGCCACAAAAGAACUUGAGUGCUUCCAAGCUUUACAGAAGCAAGAACAAUUAGCAGCAACAAGCCGGAUAAAUAAUAUGUGGGAGGAAGUUCAGAAACAAAAGGAGCUCGAACAAACUCUGCAAAAGAGGUAUGGAGAUCUUGUAGUGAAGUUGGAAAAAAAACAGCACCAAUCCAAAGGCGCAGUACCAAAAAUGCUCUUCUAG